AUGGCUACAAUCAUUGCCCUUGAGCAGGCUCUCGCAACAGCGGCGAGCUCCGUCAUUCCAGUCUUGGGUCACGUAUUACAAGCGGCCUUGUUGAUAGCACAAACAGUUGAGAAAAUCAAAGACACCAAAGAUGCUUGUAAAAGGCUCAGCGAGCGGGCAGUGGAUAUUUCGCUGAAGGUGUCCGAUCUCUUGCAAGGUCGUGACAGCCAUGAUGAAAUCGGCCCGGAUCUAGAAGAGUUCCUCUGCUUUACGGUUGGCAGCACCCUGCAGGGAAUCCAGGGGUUGAUAGAGGGCCGUCUCAAGAAAUCCAGAUUUGCUUUCGCUCGCGAACACGGGGAGAUCGCUGCACAGGUCAAGGAGUUGAACGAUAAACUCGAAGAUGCUAUGAUACUCCUCCAGAUUGGCGUUACAUACCAUGGCAAUCAAUCUCUGGGUGGCAAGCUGCGCUACGUCAUCCUUCGCAUCUCGCAAGCCGACGAGCGGCAACGCAAGGCUCAUAACCAACAACAGGCCCACAACAAAGAGAUCAUCGCCCGCUUAGAUAGAAUGGAACAACUUCGUGGCGUGAUGAGAGCGGCUGCUGGUGACGGACAUGCAUACGAACCGCCCUUAUUGAAGGGAGGGGCUGUUCGCAAGUAUGGUACUAGGAGCCCUCACAAACAGCCAGAGUCCACCGAUCCGUUGUCCGCGGCCGCUGACUUCGACCUGGCUCAGUUGCAUACGGCCCUUUACCUCAUCGGACCAUUCAAGGCAUGGCUGGCUGAACAGCAGCACCCCCCGAGGUGGCUGAAGGACAUUAUGGAGAAUCGCCGUCCUCCUCGUGAAUACGCUCAGUCAGACUCACCGCCGCCGCCGCCGCCGAACACCCCGGGUGGCCCAGCGACUAACGCAACCGGGGCUGGUGUUCGCUCUUCACGUCUCCCUGAUACACACUACUGUGAACCUCCUACUGGCGAGAAUUCAUCAGCAACCUUUCGGAACAAGAACCAGUUCACCUUUGCAUCCAACGGGACAACAUGGUUGAGGCGUCAUUCUGUGCAGUUGCGACCAGGAACUACUCUGACCUUACGAUUGGAUCUGCCCUCAAACUUCUUUAGUGCCACCAUUCCGGACAGACAGCCUGCCACUGUAGCUAAACGAGCAAUAUCAGUGAUGGCGUACACGUUGGAGACGAUAUUGGAGACCGUUGACACGACACAACAAACUUCCGAGGCACCGUUGUGGUUCUUCCUGCUGGAACACGACAACCUACACCACCACUCCCUGUUUGAUCGUCGUAUCCCGUGGGGCUUUUGGUCAACAGACGAAAACCCGACAGCCAUCCCGUCCAACAUCGUCUUCUGUCCUCCGCUUCGCUCCCGGAAAAGUGCAUUCCCGUUUAUGUGGCAGCAGAAGCUCGGUGCACGGUCCUUCUCUAUCCGAGCACGAGUCGCUAUGGAAUGCCUGGCACUCGCUAGAGAGGAAGGGUUGGCCUUCGAGCAGAGUCAGCGCGCAACAUAUCAAGCCGAUGGAAGGCCCAAAGCCAGACUGAGGGAGCCCGGGACGGAGCAUAAGGACGCCCUCUUCCUCGUCGUCGCCCCCUCCUUCAUCGUCAUACCGUCCCUUAUGCUCGCACCCUGCCUCGUCGUCCUCUCCGGAUACGGUGUUUUGGGUGACACUCCCAGUGCGCAGAAGAGCAGCAGAACGCGGAAAGAUUUGACUGCGUCGUUGAAAGUUGCAUAA